GCAGAGAGAGAUUUUUAUUGGAAGCUGUUAAAGUGGUUGCUAUGAGACCUUCUCCAGCUAACACAGGCACAGCAGUGAGUGUGAGGCUGAUAAAUCACACCUCUUGCAUUAUACCUUUCCUCUCUGCCUUUGCCUUUUUUUUUUUUUUUUCUCCUCUAGCACAGCUUUUAUAGUUGUUUAAGAUCAGGGAAAGCACCUGCCAGUUGCUUGUUCUUCGUUUUGCUCCCUUCUUCUGCCUCGUGCAAGAUGGAGCUAGAAAACGAAAUGAUCAGCUCCUCUAGCAAUUCUUCAGCAGGCUCCAGAGAGUACAAGGUGGUGAUGCUGGGAGCAGGGGGAGUUGGCAAAAGCGCAAUGACAAUGCAGUUCAUAAGCCAUCGGUUCCCUGACUAUCAUGAUCCAACUAUAGAGGAUGCCUAUAAAACUCAAGUCCGAAUUGAUGAUGAACCAGCCUAUUUGGACAUUCUAGACACUGCUGGGCAGGCAGAAUUCACAGCCAUGAGAGACCAAUACAUGCGAGGUGGAGAAGGCUUCAUUAUCUGCUACUCCAUCACAGACCGUCAAUCCUUCCAAGAAGCUGCUGAGUUUAAGGAACUCAUUUAUCGUGUCCGGCACACCUAUGACAUCCCUGUGGUUCUGGUGGGAAACAAAAUAGAUCUUGAGGAGUUCAGGCAGGUCUCAACUGAAGAAGGAAUGAGUUUAGCCAGAGAAUACUCCUGCUCCUUUUUUGAGACUUCAGCUGCACUCCGCUUCUACAUUGAUGAUGUCUUUCAUGGACUAGUGAGGGAAAUUCGAAGGAAAGAGUCCUCAUUGCCCAUGGUAGAGAAGAAGAUGAAGAGGAAGGAUAGUCUGUGGAAGAAACUGAAAGGAUCCCUGAAGAAAAAAAAGGAAAAUACAACCUGAUGGCAAUUUUCCAGGAGCCACCCCUCAGGAGCUGACCACAGUAACCUGUAGUUGCUCAAAAAGGCAGCAUUGAGACAGCACCUUCCAGAGCAGGUUCUGGAGUUCCUUCCCUUCAGCCCUCAUGCAGGAGUAGCUCCUUGAAGGACCAAUUCAUGGUUGCCCUGUGGCUCUUCUGUACUAUAGAUAAAGUCAUUUAGCAUACCCUCUCAUCCCUUUCCUGCAAGUCCAAAUGGAUAAAAUACUGUGUUUUUUAAUGUGUGUUCCCUGGUCUUCAAAUGCUUUGAGUUACACCAGCAUCCAAGGCAGAACCAGCUUCUACCAGCUCUAGGACAAUGGAUGCACUUACUGCCUCCUCUCUGCAUGCAUGGAUCAUUUCAACAUUCCAGGAAUAAAUAGCAUUGAUUUCAGCGGGCAUUUUGACUGUUUAAGGACUUUUGGAUUUCACCUCCAGCUUUGCAUUCCCAAGUGGGUUUAGGGUUAGACUGUGCUCAGCCUGCAAACACAUGCCUGUGUGAAAACGUGUGUGUGAAAAGGCCCAAAGGGAAUGCUUGGGACUCACAAUUUUGACCCUGUGGUCCCCUAUCCUCAUUGUGUCCUUUCCAGUCAGCAGGAAAGGUUUUGCAAGCAGAGUACAAGUCGUGCACCAGCUGUUCAGAGGCUUCGGGGACACUGCUCUGUCUCCCGUGAUCUUCACUCACCAGGGCCUGGCAGCAGAGGAGCCAUGUCCUACAGACAUGCAGUGCAUUGAAAUCAUAGAAUAGUCUGCGCUGGAAGGGAACUUUUAAAGGUCAUCUACUCCAAACCCCUGCAACGAGCAGGGGCAUCUUCCACUAGAUCAGGUUGCUCAGAGCCCUUUUCAACCUGACCUUGGAUGUUCCCAGGGAUGGGGCACUCACCAUCUCACCGAGUAACCCAUGCCAGUGUGCCACCACCAGCCACACUUCCCUGUCCCAGCAAGGAGCACACAAAUGCACUGUUUGUCUGAUGCUUCCCAGAACCCUCCCUAGAGCGGUGCAGCUCUGUCCAAGCUUGUAACAGCAUCUGUCCGUGUAGUGUCCAGCCCUCAACUUAAAAGAAUUCCAUCAGAUCACCCACCAAUGUUCACAGUCCUUAAAAGUGUAGCUGAAUCACUUGAACAAUAAGUUGGACAGGUCUUUCGAACAUGCCUUUUUAAAGCUGGCAUAAAGUGCAGUAUAUUCUCACAAACCUCUCUCUUUUUUUGUUUG